ACAAAAUAGCAGCUACUUGUCUCUAAGUUGUUGCCUAAUCCGUUCCGGAUUCGGCUGCGAUGGGUUCCGGAUUCUUGUUCGGCAAGGUGGAUGAGAGUAUUCGCAGUAACAUCGCCUGGAAGGACUUGAGUGCGGACGUGCGAAAGGCUCUGAACGACGAUGAGAACGUGUAUCGUAAGCGAAUUAUCAAUUACAGCCUGCAAAACCAGCUCCGGUUCCGGGGAAAUAUCGUGUUCGGCGUGACGAAGAAUGAGAAGCGCUACUACGAGCGGCUGGUGGAAGUGAACAUAGAGGCCCUGCAUAUUUUCCCUUAUCAUCUCGCCGAUGUUAUCACCAAGGGGUUGCGCGUAACGCCAUUCAACUAUUACACAGACAUGAUAGUAUUUCUGCUGAAGAAUGACAAAAAUUAUGAUGCACUGCCGAACUUCACGGCAGCUGACUGUCUGCGGGUGCUGGGUGUUGGCCGAAACGAGUACCUUUCCAUCUCAAGCGACCUAAAGUCGAGUUCACCUCGUUCGUUUUUCAAGAAAAAUCCUUACCACUUUCUGCCAAAGUUUCCGCGCACCGUAACGAUGCACCCGUGGUGGAUUGUCGAGAUCGGCCACAUACUGGAGAAGGACGUAGAGAACGUGCCCAUCGACGAGAUCACGAUGAUCGAUCAGCUAAUCGACUGCGGGCCACAAACGGCCGGAACCCUGAACCUCGAAACCGUGCAAAAGCUGUACCGAAGGGGGCUCAUAUAUCUGGAUGUGCCAAUCAGUGGCGAGGAUCGCAUCAACAUUCCACCGUUACGCAACUUUGUGAUGAACCGUGUGGCCGGCGAUUACUUUGAGAAUCUGCUGUACAACGUAUUUGUGACGACCGACGAACAGUGCACAACUUCGGAGCUUUCGCAGAUACUACAAGUACCGGUGGACACGGUGAAGCGCGCUACGUCACUGUUCUGCAGGUUGGGGUUUGCGCAGAUCAAAAACGCGUUCAGUGAGUUUAAGCUGGACGACAGUUGGCUUCAGCAGCAGCAUCUGCAGCAGUUGUAUGGUGGAGAGGAUGUGGCGUCCUACAAUUACCAUGCACUGCUUCUAUCAGAAGUACCCCUCGAGGUGAAACCAUCGCCCGACGGAAGCGUCUCGCCAUCCUCGGUGCCCGUUUUCUUUCCUCCCUCCGAUCCGAGCAGUCCGACUUCGAUCGGCCCAUCCGAGUUGCCAAAGGUUGGGGCAGAGUCUGGUGGAACAGGUACGCUGAACCGCGCGAAGCGGGUUGGCUUUCUCUUUGAUUCCACCUUAACCGCCUUCCUAAUGAUGGGCAAUCUGUCGCCCGGGCUAAAAACGCACGCCAUCACGCUUUUCGAGGUGGGUAAACUGUGCGACGAAGGCAUGGCUGAUCUUCUCGAGGAGCUCGAAAAGGUGUCGAUGCUGGACGCGGAAUCGGAAGGAGAUGUUAGUCGGUACUUUAAUCAUGCCGUUCUGUUGCGAUCCACGAUCAUUGCGCUGAAAAGUUCACUCAAAAUUGAACUGGACCUGUUGCGGCUCGAAAGUAUUGAGGGGCUGGAUGUUCAGACGCGUAACCGACUGCUGGAGCGGAAGUAUAAGUACCUUAUAUCGGCAGCCCCACUCUCCGGGGCGCUGUCUAGUCAAUUUACGAUCCCAUUUUUCGGACAGUUCUACCAGAGCUCACCUGAAUCGCAUAUUUGGUCGAAGCUAUUCUACUACCACAUGGGAGGCUACGGGCCACCUUCGUUAUUUUUGAAGAAAGGCACGAUUUUGAAAUCAUUACCUCGAAUAUUCCUCGGCUAUGGGAAGCUUCUGGUCACCAUCGUCAAUACGGAUUCUUACGUUUUAAACUCGGAAAAGUUUUACACCUUGAAUGAUCAUUUGAAAAACGAAUGUUUGCUUAUACAAGGCUAUGGGCUAAACGAACCUGCCCAAGUGCAUUACGAACCGUUCCCUUUCAAUAUUAAUGAUGAAAAUAAUUGCUGGAGCCAGCACGGUGCGUGGAAUGGUCUAUCGCAAGUGAUCGACAUGAAGCGAACGUUCGGCUACGUUACUUUCAUCAAGACUGGUGUUCCUGAUCUGGGAUGUAACGAUACCAUAACGGCAGUCGUACUUAAAAGAAUUGAUGACAGAAGGCAGAAAGGUACGAGUAGAAAAAUGAAUGAAUCAAAUCCAACGUUUUCUUCCAAUGAUACGGAAACGCCCAACGAAACGAACAUUCCAUCGGAAGUUACAGGAACGAACGGUACGCCCUCCGAAGAAAAACAAGACAAUCAGGCGGUGCUCGAGAUGGCUGAAUCGGAUUCGGACACAGAAAUAUCGAGAAAGAAUUCGCUACAGCACGCAGGCGAAGAGUGGACAAUACUGGACAUAAAUUUCGGCAUUCCUCUAUUUGACGUGGACUGUAACACCAAAAUUUGCCAAUAUGUUGUACAACGUUUGUGCAAUGAGCAAAACAUAUCAACACUGAAGGAAGUCAAUCAGGCGAUGGAACGAAAAUACGUCGAAUUUAUUUCCCAAUGUCUGUUUUACGAAGAUGAUAACAGGGAACUGAAAAAGCCGCCAAAAUUACGCAUCAAUCUUGCAUACGCAAAAGGGAAAAUCCAAAGUUGGGAUGGAAAAUGAGCCGCUUCCGUCUCUUGGUACAACCGAUCCAUCCUUUGUCGCAACAACCGAUUCCAGUGAUUUUUUAGGUUUAUUUUAACAGCGAACGUAAUAAAACGAUAUAAUCGAUA